AUUCUUAACGGAGAUGGGGACGGGAAGAGUACUCCCUGCUAAUUUCCCGCCUUGUGCACAUCGCUACACUUAACACCAAAAAUUGAAUGGAAAAAUGGGCAAUUUCUCAAAGAAUAAGAAUUUAGGAGAUUCUUCCAUCAAAAAAUUUGGUGUUGAGGUUAUUUGCACAUAAAGUAAAACUUUAGAAAGUUUUGCAGAAAUUUAAUCUAUAUGUUAUAUAUAUAUAAUAGAUUUACCAUAUUUUUUAAAACAAUAAAUUUUUUUUCUUUAUUAGUAUUAUUCAAUAAUAUGCAUUACUAUUUUUUUUGAUUUAUUUAAUUUCAUUUGAUAUCAUCAUUAGUUGCAUGCUCUCUCUCUUAUGUUGUUAUAUAUUUUAGGGGUGAUUGGUUUAAUAAUAUCCGGAUUUAAUUUUAUGAUUUUGAAAGUUUGGUGGAUCCAUAGAAAUAGCUAAUUGGCAGGUCAGUUACUAUAAUAAAAUUCAAAUCAAUAUUUGGAUUUUAUAUUGUAAAAUUGAAGAUGAUAAAUUCACAUAUUCACCCUUAAAAAUAAAAUCAUUAUCUUCUCUCCUCUUUUAGAUGGUAGCACACCAUCUUCCUUUCUGAUAGCACGUAACCAUAGUGUCUCUCUCCUUUCAUGACUCUCUGAUCUCUCGCAUCUAGCUUGAAUGUGAAGACCUCGUAUUUUUUAGGUAAAGAGAGACAGAGGAUCCUCAUUUAGAAGAAUAGGAUCUAAAUUGUCAGGCUUUUGACAUUUCGAUCUUAGGGUUUGUUUCUGUCUUUUGAAUCCCAAAUUCCUUCCAUGGAAAUGGUAAGAAGGGCAUCGCAUGCCGGCUCUUGGUAUAGCGAUGAUCCAAAAAAGUUAGGGGAAGAACUAGAAGGUUGGCUGAGAGAAUCUGGGGUAACUAAAUCUCCUCAAGUACGGGGUGUUAUUGCACCACAUGCUGGGUAUUCCUAUUCGGGUCGUGCUGCUAGCUACGCAUUUGGAAAUAUUGAUCCGACAAACAUUACUCGUGUGUUCCUUCUUGGUCCAUCUCAUCACUAUUACACUUUGAAAUGUGCUCUUUCAAUGGCUUCAGUUUACAAGACGCCAAUUGGGGACUUACCUAUUGAUUUAGAAGUUAUUCAUGAGCUUAAGGCUACUAAUAAAUUUGAACGAAUGAGUAUUCAUGCUGAUGAGGCUGAGCAUAGCAUGGAAAUGCAUUUGCCUUAUCUUGCCAAAGUUUUUGAGGGGCACACUAUCAAGGUGGUACCAAUUCUUGUAGGAGCUGUUAAAGCAGAAAAUGAAGCUAUGUAUGGAGCGUUGCUUGCAAAAUAUGUGGAUGAUCCCCAAAAUUUCUUUUCUGUAUCUUCAGAUUUUUGUCACUGGGGCUCUCAAUUCGGUUACACUCAUUAUGAGAAAAAACAUGGGCCUGUAUACAAAUCCAUUGAGGUUUUGGACAAAAUGGCAAUGGAUAUAAUUGAAAUAGGCGAUCCAGAUACAUUUCAAAAUUAUUUGUUGGAGUAUGGCAAUACCAUAUGUGGAAGACAUCCGAUUAGUAUUUUUCUUCAUAUGCUAAGAGGUUGCUCAACAAAGAUAAAGAUCAAUUUUCUUCGAUAUGAGCAGUCAAGCCUAUGCAAGAGUAUGAGAGACAACAGUGUAAGUUAUGCAUCAGCAGUUGCAAAAAUUUGACUAUUCCACACCGUGAGAAUUGAAGAUCAUUUCAAACAAAACCAAUGUAAUAAUCUUCUAUGUUUUAAUCGAAAUAUUACUUCAAAUAAAUUGUUACUUUAUGCUUAAAGAUUAUUUUAAAUAAAUAUAUAUGAUAAAACUAACCAAUCUACAAUUCUAGACAAGAAAA